AUGGCAUACUAUUACGCCCUCGCCAUUUACGCCCAGGUGUUGAAUGAAACUAUAGCCAGUGGACGGGAUCCCAACGACGGGUACCUGCUUAGCAAGCUGAUGUGGAACCGAACAUACACCAUUUUAGGUCAAGAUAUCAGCAUCAGCCCUAAUGGCGAUCGCGAGACGGACUGGACAAUGAACCAGAUGAAUGCCGAAACCGGAAUGUUUUUGCCUGUAAUGGACUACUCCGCUAAGCGCAAUAUCGUGACACCUUCUCGUGACCCAGCGGAUGACGGCACUCGUCAGAUUGUUUGGUACAACCGUAAUAGCCCGCCUCCUAAUGAACCAAAAUGCGGCUAUCGUGGAAUUAAACCAGAGUGCGAUGCUAUAAAGCAAGGUGCAAGCAAGCAAGGAACCACUAUCAGCAGCUUGCAGCCGCUGUCGUAAACUUAUUCCAAGCGGUGAAAGGAAUGCUCUGAGCAUAAUUUUAUUUGCCGGCUUCAUUAUCCUGACUUGCAAGAGACACAUCGAAUCUUUUGUUCCCUUUUAGUAUAACGAUUUUGAUAUUGGUCGUUGACACACUUUAACGGUAAGGAGCUGGUAAAAAGUCACUGUCAGCUACAUUUUUGAACGUUUUGGUAGUAUUAUUACGCAAAACACUGCAGGUGAUGUUAAGGAUUAUUAAGAUCGCUUCGGGGCUAUUGUUUAUUACUGCUGCUAAUGAU